AUGCUGCCUCCCAUGGCCCUGCCCAGCGUAUCUUGGAUGCUGCUUUCCUGCCUCAUGCUCCUGUCUCGGGUUCAAGGUGAAGAACCCCAGAGGGAACUGCCCUCUCCACGGAUCCGCUGUCCCAAAGGCUCCAAGGCCUAUGGCUCCCACUGCUAUGCCUUGUUUUUGUCACCAAAAUCCUGGACAGAUGCAGAUCUGGCCUGCCAGAAGCAGCCCUCUGGAAACCUGGUGUCUGUGCUCAGUGGGGCUGAGGGAUCCUUCGUGUCCUCCUACUCAUACGUCUGGAUUGGGCUCCAUGACUCCACACAGGGCACCGAGCCCAGUGGAGAUGGUUGGGAGUGGAGUAGCAGUGAUGUGAUGAAUUACUUUGCAUGGGAGAGAAAUCCCUCCACUGUCUCAAGCCCCGGCUACUGUGUGAGCCUGUCGAGAAGCAUAGCAUUUCUGAAGUGGAAAGAUUACAACUGUAAUGUGAGGUUACCCUAUGUCUGCAAGUUCACUGACUAG